GGACCCGGCACCAGCAGCACGGUAAUUGGCAAAACGCGGUUCGUGACGGAAGCAUCAAGAGAGACCCAGCAGUAAGGAUGUCAGACCCGCGAGUGUUGUCAGGGCAGGAAGUGGCCAAGCAUAAUACACGAGAUGAUUGUUGGAUUAUCGUUCAUGGCAAGGUGUAUGAUGUAACCGAGUUUCUCCCUGAUCACCCUGGUGGGAGCAGGAUCAUCUUGAAAUACGCCGGCAAGGACGCUACGGCAGAGUAUGAUCCCAUUCAUCCGCCUGACGCGAUUGAGACCAACUUGAAGCCCGAAAAACAUCUCGGCUCUGUCGACCCUGGUACUGUAGAGAAGGUCGAAGUCGUUAUUACCGAUGAAGAAAUGGCGCGCCAAAAGCGUGUUGAAGCACGGCCGCCUCUAUCGGAAAUCCUCAACCUGCAUGACUUCGAGGCAAUCGCCAAAGAUGUUAUGCACAUCAAGUCCUGGGCGUACUACUCGUCUGCGGCGGACGACGAGAUCACGAACCGCGAAAACCACGCUGCAUUCCAUCGGAUAUGGUUCCGUCCUCGGAUCCUGCGCAAUGUGACGAAUGUUGACUGGUCGACGACCAUCCUCGGACACGAGAGCAAGAUGCCCAUCUACAUCACCGCCACUGCUCUGGGGAAACUAGGGCAUCCAGAUGGGGAGCUCAACUUGACCCGCGCUGCCGCUAAGCACGGCGUCAUUCAGAUGAUACCUACUCUAGCGUCAUGCGGCUUCGACGAGAUCAUGGACGCCGCUAAGCCCGGUCAAGUCCAGUUCUUCCAGCUGUACGUGAACAAGGAUCGCGAGAUCACGAAACGCAUCGUGCAGCAUGCAGAGAAGCGGGGAAUCAAGGGGUUGUUCAUCACCGUCGACGCGCCGCAGCUCGGUCGGCGAGAGAAAGACAUGAGGCAGAAGUUUGAUGCCGAGGAUCCCUCUGAAGUGAGCAAGGCUGGGUCAGACGGCGUAGAUCGCAGUCAGGGUGCUGCCCGUGCUAUCAGUUCUUUCAUUGACCCCGGUCUCGACUGGAGCGACAUUCCAUGGUUCCAGAGCAUCACCAAGAUGCCUCUCAUCCUCAAGGGCGUUCAAUGCUGGGAAGACGCUGUCCAGGCGUAUGACGCUGGCCUCGCAGGCGUCGUUCUCUCGAACCACGGCGGUCGCCAGCUCGACUUCGCGCGGUCGGGUAUCGAGGUGCUCGUCGAGGUAGUGUCGAAGCUCAAGGAGCUCCGCGGCCUCUCCUUCCCGGGCGGCACGAAGCCAGGCCAGGCGCCAAACGGCCGGCGCUUCGAGCUGUUCAUUGACGGUGGCGUGCGCCGUGCGACGGAUGUGCUCAAAGCAAUCGCACUCGGUGCGUCCGCCGUUGGUGUCGGUAGACCGUUCUUGUACGCGUUCUCGAGUUAUGGUCCGGAGGGCGUGGAUCACGCGCUGCAGAUUCUGAACGAUGAGUUCGAGAUGAACAUGCGCCUCAUCGGUGCUCGUCACAUCGGAGAGAUUGUCCCCGAGAUGGUCGAUGCAUCCAAUAUCGGUCUACACAUGGUUUCAGUGCCUUCUGAUAACCUGUACGAGGCCAACUACGAGCGCUUGGCGAUCGCUCGGUUGCGUGACGCUAAGCUCUAAAUUAGAUGAUUAACUUUGCAUUCGUAGAGCUCUACCGUUCAUUCACACUCCUAUCGCCACCUUAUCUUUGGAUAUAUGUCAAGACAUUGAUUACCGCAUCAUCAUCAUUCAUGUAUGUAUAUACCGGAACAAUACUGCUUCCCCC